CACUAACAUCAAACAUGUCUCCCUUCGCUGUCGUGUUCCUCUGCAUCCAAGCUUGCUUGGUCCAGAACGUAUUCAGCUACUGCUCAACCCCAGCUGGUUUCAUAUCUUCUGCGGCUCCUAUAGCCCCUGCUUGUGAAGCAACCCUGGCCCCUGGAGCAGCCUACACUCCUUCAUCCUACUCCCCCAGUUCCAUCGCCUAUGGAUCCUCAGCUGCCUACGCUCCUGGUGUUUCUGCUUACGGUGGUACUGGUGAAGGCAAUGUGGCUGUUGUCGGUGAGCUGCCGAUUCUUGGAGAGUCCGUCAUUGCUGGUCAGGUGCCCAUCAUAGGUGCUGUGAGCUUCGGCGGUGCUGUGCCAGCUUAUGGUGGCGUGUCCAUCACUGGUAACUGUGCUUGUGGUUGCGGUACGGCUUAUUAA